ACAGCUGCUGACCUCUGGCCCGCUGAUCCACAAUGUGCGUCCAUCUGCACACGCUCAUGACCCUCUGCCUGACCUUCACACAGGGUGGUUGUAUGUAUUCGAGCAACCACUGGGGAGAAUUGAACGACUCUCAGCUUCAGCCAACAAUUCAGAAGCUGAUGAAAGGCUACAACCGCUACCUCAGGCCUAAUUUCAAUGGGGAUCCUGUGGAAAUUGGAAUGAGUCUUGACAUCGCUAGCAUUGAUGCCAUCUCUGAAAUCAAUAUGGACUACACCGCAACCAUCUUCCUCCGUCAGCGCUGGCGUGACUCCAGGCUGGUGUUCCCGGGUAAUGAGAGCGUCAGCGUGGACGGGCGCCUCGUGUCCCUGCUGUGGAUCCCUGACACUUUCAUCCCAGACUCCAAGCGCUCCUUCCUGCAUGACGUCACGGUGGAAAACCGCCUAAUACGCAUCUUCAGCAAUGGGACUGUUCUCUAUGCCCUACGCAUCACGGCUACGAUUGCCUGCAACAUGGACCUGACCAAGUACCCCAUGGACAGACAGGUGUGCACCCUGCAGCUGGAGAGCUGGGGCUACAACCUGCAGGACGUGGUGUUCUACUGGACCAGAGGGAAUGAUUCAGUGAAGGGUCUUGACAUACUGCGGCUGGCUCAGUACAGCGUAGAGAGCUACUAUACAUCAGUGUCACGGGCAGUGUAUGAGACAGGACAAUACCCUAAGCUAGUGUUGCAUUUCGCACUGCGUAGAAACGUGCUGUUCUUUAUCUUGGAGACGUAUGUUCCCUCCAUUCUGCUGGUGGUUCUCUCCUGGGUCUCUUUCUGGAUCAGCCAGUCCUCUGUCCCAGCCAGAACCUGCAUUGGAGUGACAACAGUGCUGACAAUGACCACACUGAUGAUGGGCGCCCGCACUUCCCUCCCCAAUGCCAACUGCUUCAUCAAGGCCAUCGAUGUUUAUCUGGGAAUCUGCUUCACCUUCAUCUUUGGUGCCCUGGUGGAGUACGCCUGUGCCCACUUCUACACCAUGCAGCACCAGACCGUAGAGGAUUUACACAGGGAGCUUCUGAGGGAGCUCAAUGAAUCCAAUGGAAACGGCUCGAUGCCCUUCAUCAGCUCCAGACAGUCCAACCACCCUGUGGAGAUCGGCUCCACUGCAGAGGAGAUCACCGAGCAGUCGGCGAACAGUGACACAAGGAACAAUGCUGGGUCAAAGGAGAAGGCGUCACGACAGGGCUGCGGCCUGUCUUCAGUGAAGAACGCAUCACGUAGGGCUGCAGCUGUCUUCACUGUGGAAAAUCCGCACAACAUUGAUCGCCACUCUCGCACCGCUUUCCCCGCAGCGUUCCUCUUCGUCAAUAUCCUCUACUGGUGUUACUAUCUCUUUCUCUGAGCUGCUGCAUUGUUAACAUCACCAU